CAGCAGCUCUUUUUACUUUUUAUAUGUAAGGACUUGCUGUAUUAUCUACUUAUUUUUCUUUAAUCCUCACCUUUUCCUAUUUUUGGAUGACAUUUUGGGUCUUCAGAACCAAUUACCAGGUUUCCAUAGAGUUCUGGUCUCAACAUACAAUGGUUUCAACAUACAAUGGUCGUCCUGGAACCAAUUAAUAUUGUAACUUGAGGGACCACUGUAUUAAGGUAGUUAUCCCCCCUCCAUCUUUUUUUUGCGGCCUAAAAAUUAAAUGUCAGGAAAUUUUAUGCAGUGUGAACUAAGCUCAAUGAGUCCCAGCCAAGGUGCCUCCAGCUGUUGCAAAACUACAACUCCACGGCCUUUGGCUGUUUGGGCAUCCUAGGAGUAGUAGUAUUGCAACAGCUGGAGGGAACCUGGUGAGGCACACAGGUAAGGCUCAAAAACAAAUCCAGGAGAGAGUACUUUCUAAUCUAAUGCUGGCAUUGAGUGUUUGUUUUAUACAGAAACGAUUGAUAGUAUAAAUGUUAAAUAAUGAAUUGACAAAAAUAAAAUAAUUUAGCAUAUUGACUCCCUAGGCAUGGGCGAGGACAGGAAACAGAUGGCUGAAAGGAUAUUAAAUAUCACUCUAGAGAUAAUCUACCUGCUGACUGGAGAGAAUUAUACACUAGCAAAGAAAAUACCUGAUGAGGAGGAAGAAAGGAGCAUGUCUAAGACUCCCAUCAUGGAAUUCCCUUCUCACUCACUGACCAAUAAGAAUAGCAAGGAACAGAAGAUUCUGGAACUCACCAACAAGAUCAUUCAUCUGCUUACUGGAGAGGUUCCUAUAAGAUGUCAGGAUGUCGCUGUCUAUUUCUCCAUGGAGGAGUGGGAAUAUUUAGAAGGACACAAGGAUCUAUACAAGGAGGUCAUAAUGGAUGACCAUAAAUCUCUUAUAUCACUGGAUGGAGACAGUGUGACGAACAUAACCGAGGAUUAUCAGGUUGAAGAGAUUGAAAUUAAAGAGGAAGUUAUAACAGAAGAAAAAGAGAUGAUGUGGAGAAGUAUGUAUAUGGAAGAGUAUGAAGAAGACGGACAGCAGUGUAAGGAGAAGGAAACUCCCCAAGAUAUCAGCACAGAAGAUGACUACACCAGAAAAUCAAAGGGACAAAUGAUUUUGCCUUUAGAUUAUCCAUUUGAAUAUAAUAACACUGAUGGAGGACAAUCUAUUGCCACAUUUUUUCAUUCAGCACUUUACAGCCGAGAUCUAUCUACUGACACCACUAUGGAAAGGGGACCGUCAUUUGCUGAAUCACAGAAUGAUCAACAAGUCUCUGGUCGCAAAAGAGGUAAAAUAUUUACAUGUUCUAAAUGUGGGGAACAAUUUUUGACUAAAGUGAGUUUAUCUACACACAAGAUAAUUCACAGAAAUGAGAAGAGAUUUUCAUGUUCAGAAUGCUGGAAAUGUUUUGGCAAGAAAACAGAUUUUGUUAAACAUCUGAGAACUCACACGGGGGUGAAGCCAUUUUUAUGUUCAGAAUGUGGUAAAAGUUUUAGCGUAAAAGCAACUCUUGUUGAACAUCAACGAUGUCACACCGGAGAAAAGCCUUUUUCCUGCGCAGAAUGUGGAAGAUGUUUUGCCAUGAAAUCAAAUCUUCUGAGACAUCAAAGAAUUCAUACAGGAUUAAAACCAUUUUCAUGCCCAGAAUGUGGGAAAAGUUUUAGUCAGAAAACAGAUCUUGAGAGACAUUUAAGAAUUCACACAGGAGAGAAGCCAUUUCCAUGCCUAGAAUGUGGAAAAUGUUUUAAUCAUAAAUCUGAUUUGGAAAGACAUCUUAGAAUUCACACAGGGGAAAAGCCAUUUUCAUGUCCAGAUUGUGGGAAAUGUUUCAACAGGAAAUCCAAUCUUUGUGAACACCAAAAAACUCACUCAGAGCAGAAGUCCCUCUUCAUGUCCAGAUGGUGGGAAAUGUUUUAUUCAGAAAUCAGCCCUUGUUUACCAUCGGAAUCUUCACAUUACACUAAACUCUUCGCCAAACUGCUUGGGGACCGCUUGGCAGCUGUCCUUGGACCACUGAUCCACCCAGAUGAAACAGGCUUCCUCAGAACUAGAGAGGCACGUGAUAACACAGCGAGGGCCUUCUCUAUUGCACACAGGGCCUUUGCCAGUAGACGACCCCUGAUGCUUCUCUCACUGGAUGCCGAAAAGGCAUUCGAUCGGGUGGACUGGGGGUUCAUGGGGGCCUUCCUGGAACAAAUAGGUCUGGGCCCCUCCAUGCUGAGCCAAGUGGCAGCUCUAUACAGUGACCCCCAAGUGGUACUGGAGCCUCUGAAGCUGAGGGCUCCUCCACAGAGACGGACGUCUCUGAUUCAGAUAGGGAGUCACAAUCUAAAGGAAGGGGUCGAGCCCUUCGUUCUGGUGUUACCUUCCUACACCAGGGACACCACUGAUCUGCUACAAAAGUUGGACGGUCUGACUCUUGAGGGUAACUGCCUGCUAGCUAGCGUUGACGUAGAAUCACUAUAUACUUCUAUACCUCAUGAGCUAGGUUUACAGGCUGUAGAAUUCUUUUUACGGAGUAGAGGCAUACAGUUUCGAGCCCACAGGCAGCUGGUUCUUGACCUCCUGAGAUUCACACUGACUAGAAAUGUCUUUGUGUUUGACAAGCGCACCUACAACCAGCUCAGAGGAACGGCCAUGGGGAGCCCAUGUGCCCCCACCUACGCAAACUUAUAUCUGGGCUGGUGGGAGGAGUCAGUGGUGUUCAGUGAGGCAUUACAACAUCAUACGGAACUAGUUGGCUUGUGGGCUCGAUACAUUGAUGACGUGUUCAUCCUCUGGAAUGGUACCCCUGACCAGUUUGCUAGUUUUGUGGCGGCCCUGAAAGUCAAUGAGGAUUAUAUACUGACGAAGAAGAUGUUUGAUAAGGAUAAAGAAUGGAGCAAGCACCAGACCCCCAUCACAUUGUCUCCAUCACUGAAGAAUAAGAGAAGCAAUGUUCAGAAGAUCCUAGUCAUCACCAACAAGAUCACCGAGCUGCUGACUGGAGAGGUUCCUAUAAGGUGUCAGGACGUCACUGUCUAUUUCUCCAUGGAGGAGUGGGAUUAUUUAGAAGAACAUAAGGAUCUAUACAGAGACAUUGUGAUGGAGGAGCACCAGCCCCCCGUAUCAAAGGAAUCCAUUAUAAAGAAUGUACCAGAGGAGCCCUCCACAAUUCCACAGAGUUGUUCAGAGGAAAAUAGCGAAGUCCUGGAGGAUGAUCAGGUCGAUGGAGCCGAGAUGCCACCAAAUGCUGUUGAAUAUCUGACAACUAUUAAAGGUGAAGUUAUGUCAAGGGAUGAAGAGAUAUAUGAAGUAGUUAUCCAGCAGUGUAAAGAGGAAGAAAUUCCUGUAGACAUCAGCCCAGAUGACCGCACCAAAACCCUGGAGGAACAUCUCCUUUUAGCUCCAGAUUAUACAGCAGACUAUUACGAUACUUAUGGAGCACAUUGUAUUACCACAAAUAUACCCUCAACCUUUCACAGCAGAGAUCUGUCUUCUGAUCCUACUAGUUACAUGGAACCUUCAUCCGAUCAAUCACAGAAUGAACAACAAGUUACAGGUCACAGGGGAGGUAAAACAUUUACUUGUUCUGAAUGUGGGAAACAUUUUAAGACUAUAAUCAAUUUUUCUGCACACAUGAGAACGCACAGAAAUGAGAAGCCUUUUUUAUGUACAGAAUGUGGGAAAAGUUUUAACCAUAAAUCGGAUCUUGUUAGACAUCAAAGAAUUCACACAGGGGUGAAGCCAUUCUUAUGUUCAGAAUGUGGGAAAUGUUUUACCGUCAAAUCCCAUCUUGUUGACCAUCAAAAAAUUCAUACAGGAUUGAAACCAUAUUCAUGUUCCGAAUGUGGGAAAUGUUUCACCAGGAAAUCACACGUUGUUAGACAUCAGAGAACUCACACCGGGGAGAAACCAUUUUCAUGUGCACAAUGUGGGAAAGGUUUUGGUAUAAAAUCAAAUCUUGUUGGACAUCAGAGAACCCACACAGGAGAGAAGCCAUUUACAUGUCCAGAAUGUGGAAAGGGUUUUACUUUAAAAACACAGCUGGUUGGACAUCGAAGAACUCACAUAGUGGCAAAACCAUAUUCAUGUCCAGAAUGUGAAAAAUGUUUUGCUUAUAAAUCAGCUCUUGUAAAACAUCAAAAACAUCAUAGUGCUGAAGCUGUUUCUAUGUUAAGAUUAAACUUUGGUCCCAUGGAGGCAGGCUUCUCUGAAGACAGACAGCACCCUAGCUCUGUACUAAUAAGGAGCAAAGCCCCAAACAGCGGUCUACAGAUGGAUGACUGCACCAAAACCCAAGAGGAGCAUCAUUUAUCUCCAGAUUGUGAAGCAGAAUAUAACAAUAUCCCACAAUAUAAUUUCAUCAACACUCAUAAAGUAUCAGUCCUUCACAAGAGAGAUCUAUAUUCUUAUCCCAAUAUUCACAAGGAAUCUGCAUCUGAUGAGUCACAGAAUGAUCAACAAGUCACAGGUGACAGAGGAGUUAAAAUAUUUACUUGUACUGAAUGUGGGAAACAGUUUAAAAAGAAAUUAAGUUUUUAUGCACACAGGAGAAAUCACAGAAGUGGAAAGCCGUUUUCAUGUUCAGAUUGUGGGAAAAGUUUUAAAAAUAAAUCAGAUCUUACUAGACAUCAGAGAAUUCAUUCAGGGGUGAAGCCAUUUUCAUGUUCAGAAUGCGGAAAAUGUUUUACUGUCAAAUCACAUCUUGUUGACCAUCAGAAAAUUCACACAGGGGAGAAACCGUUUUCAUGUUCAGAAUGUGGCAAUUGUUUUGCCAGGAAAUCAAAUCUUCAAAGACACCAGAGAACUCACACAGGGGUAAAGGCCUAUUAUUGUUCAGAAUGCGGGAAAAGUUUUACUAUGAAAUCAGAUUUUAUUGAUCAUCAGAAAACUCACAUAGUAGAGAAGCCAUUUUCAUGUCUUCAAUGUGGGAAAUGUUUUACUCUAAAAGCAGAGCUGAUUGGACAUAUGAGAAUUCACACAGAGGAGAAGCAAUAUACUUGUCCAGAUUGUGGAAAAUGCUUUACUCAGAAAUUAGCCCUUGUGAAUCAUCAGCAACUUCACAGCGAUGAAGUUUGUAUGUUCAGAUUGUAGGAUGAACUGUAGGUAUAUGGAUCCAGAAGCAUUAAAGGAGCAAUUAAUGUAGAAGAUACAUAAAAAAAAUCUCAGCAAUUCUUCCUUUAAUGUCACCCUAUUCUUUGAUUUUAUUUUGUAUUAUAUUGCAAUAAAAUAUGUAAAUAUCCUGUGUCUCAGUAGAUGUACAAUUUUCAGAAAAAUAAAAUUGCAUAAAAAAAAAAAAAAACAUUGGCCAGAUUUUAGACAGACAAAAACAUAGCAACUAAUCACAACUCAGCUUUUAUUUUACCAAACCUCAUUAACAUAUGAAAGCUUAAUUAACCCCUUAAGGACAUAGGACCGAAAUGUACAUCCUGAUGCUUAUUGCACCAGGACGUACUUUUACGUCCUAUACUUGAAGCGAGUGCAGGAACGGAAUGGCGAUUGUACUGAUAUCUGCCAUUAACCCUUCAGAUGCCAUGAUUGAUACUUAUCACAGUAUCUGCAGCAAGGCGGCCAUUCUAAUUGCUAAUCAGAUCACCAGCAGCAAGAUGGUGGUUGGAGGUGCCUCCGUCUGCCUACACCACUGUCCCGGCAGACCAGAGAAGAAGAUUGCCAAUAAUACUGAUCAGUGCUAUGGAUAUGCAUAGCACUGAACAGUAUCAGCAAUCUAAGGAUUGCUAUAAAUAGUCCUCUAUGACGACAUAAAAAAAAAAUGUAAUAAUCUCUGCCAAUAAAAAUUUUGAUCAUACCUUUUUCCCAUUUUACCCCAAAAAGUGUAGAAAAAAUUAAUAAAAUUUUUGGUGUCAGCGCAUGCAUAGAUAUCCACGCUAUCAAAAUAUAAUGUAAAUAAUCCCAUACUGUGAACUGUAUAAUCAUAAAAAAAUAAAGUCUAAAAUUGCUGAUGCUAGGUGGUCAAAAUAGGGCAAUUUAAAACACUUUUCUUUUGUUAAGUACAAUAAUAGAAAAGCAUGUAACCAUUGGUAUCAUUUUAAUCGUAUUGACCCACAUUUAUUUAUCCAAAAUUUGCUGAACUGCGGUUUUCUUUUCAAUUUUCCCACAAAAAAAAAUAAAAUAUUUUGGUUUUGCCAUACAUUUUAAGGUAAAAUUUGUGAGGUCAUUACAAAAUACAAUUGGUCGUACAAAAAACGAGCCCUUAUUUUGGUCUGUGGAUGGAAACAAAGAGUUAUGGCUCUUACAAGGCAAGGGGGAAAAAAUUUAAAUGCAAAAAAAUUGGCUGUGUCCUUAAGGGGUUAAUGUACAGACAUUAUCCACAGAACACGACAUCAUUUUUUUCAGACAACUUGGUAUAUGUGAUUACACCUGGCUAGGGAGGAUCCAAUCUCUCUUUCCUAAAUUUACAGUUCGCCCUGUAUCUGCUUAGUCAGAGUAAUUUUUAAGAAAGAAGACACAUAGGGGAGGGAUGUGGAUGGUGGGUUGGUUAGGAGCAUUUUGUACUGUUGUUAUAUGUUAUUAAAACUUUUGGCAGUAAUCUUACUGUACAAUUGUUAACUGUGGUCAUUAUGGUUGAUCCGCUGUGCACUUUAUUUUCCAUGUAUGCUUGUUUUACUAAUAAAAAGUAAAAAAAA